AUGGAUCAGCUCGUCGUGCUCCUCGCCCUUCUCUUGUGCGGCCUCCUCUCCGUACUCCGGCGCGGCCGUGCUCCUCCAGCCACGGUAGCCCGGCACAAGAUCAGCGACCCUGCCAUCGCCCACCGGGCGCUCGUCGAGAACGCCGACGCCUUCUCGAACCGCCCCCGCGCGCGCCUGCAUGUGGCCCUGGCCGGCCGGCGCGACGGCAAGCGGAUUGAGGACCUCAACUCCGUGGCGCACGGCCCGUACUGGCGCGCCCUCCGGUGCAACCUCACCGCCGAGACACUCCACCCGUCGCGCCUCGGCGGCCUCGUGCCGCUGCAGCGGGAGGCCGUCCAGGGCCUCGUCGCCGCCCUGUCGUCCGCCCCCCGGGGAAGCAGGGAGGAGGUGACGGAGGUGCACCAGCAUCUCUACGGCGCUGUGUUCUCGGUCGUCGCGCGCCUGUGCUUCGGCCACGCCGUCGACGAGGCCCACGUGCGCGCCAUGCGACGCGUCAUACAGAACUUCCAGCUUGCCAUUGGGCAGGUCAAGCCUUUCUCGGCUAAGGGCUCCGUAAUGGACAAGAUCGUGGAGUGGAGGCGGCUGCGCAGGCUGUUCGCCAUCAAUGUCGGCCUCAAGGAGCUGUUACUCCCUCACAUCGCGGCACGGCGGAUGGCGGUUCAGUCUCCCCGACCACACGACGAGGGCGGCCGUCGUCCAUAUGUUGACUCGCUCUUCGACCUCCGUGUCCCCAAUGAGGGCGCCGCCGGGCGGCGCGCUCUUAGGGACGACGAGAUGGUGAACCUAAUCACGGAGUUCCUCGGCGCCGGCACAGGGACGGUGGUUGCAUGCAUGGAAUGGGCCCUCGCCCACAUUGUCGACAAGCCGGGGGUACAGGAGAAGCUCCGUGGCGAGGUCGACGAUGGCGAGGUCUCCCGUGUAGUUGCAGGCAUGCCUUACCUGCAUGCCGUCGUGCUCGAGACCCUCCGCAUGCACCCGCCCUUGCCGGUCAUCCCGCGCCAUGUCCAUGCCGAUGCCGUCGGGGUGUUGGUCGGAGGAAUGUCCAUGCCACCGCCGGCCGGCGACUUUUACGUGAAUUUCUCCGUGGGGGACAUGGGCAGGGACAGCAAGAUAUGGUCGGAGCCCCACGAGUUCCGGCCGGAGCGGUUCCUGGCCGGUGGCGAUGGGGACGGCGUCGGCCCGUUGCCGGGGCCCAAGCAGAUCAGGAUGAUGCCAUUUGGCGCCGGGCAUAGGUUCUGCCCGGGUGUAGGCAUGGCGAUGGUGAACGUGAAGUGCUUCUUGGCCGCGCUCAUGCGUGAGUUUGAGUGGGCACUGCCGAUUGGCACCGGCGCUGUUGACCUCACGGAGAUGGAUUCCUUCUUCAAGGUGAUGAAGAAGCCGCUUUCCGCGCGUGUCACGCGACGCAGGAAAUCCAUCUAAAGAUCUCAUGAAUCUGCACGGUAUGUGUAUAAUAAAGGAGGAACGACCAAGCGGUCGUAAUCACGAAGGAGGAGGACCCCCCGACCCCUCCCUCCCUCCCCUCCCCCGUCCCCGCGCUCGCGCCGCCACCCCGGGGGGCGGCCGGGGCGGCCCCCAUCGAGCUCCUCUCCUCCCCCCUCCCCUGUGCUCCUUCCCCCCGCCGCCGCCGGCGGAGCCCCCGGAUCUGGCCGGGCGGGCUGGCGGCGGCGGGCCCUUCCUUCCCCCGCGCGCGCUCCCCCUGCCCCGGGGGCAGGGCUGGCGGCGGGUGCCCUUCGGCCG